AUGGAAAAGUCUACAUCAUUGAAGGUUGUCUCAACGACUGCCAACAAGGCGGGCGGGUCCACACCCAAAUCGGUUUCUGUUGCCAAAAAGAGCGGAAAGAAAAGAUUGGAAAAUGCAUCUGCAGUUGAUUUACGUCAACCUAAGGAUAGGGAUCCUAGUGUCAACAAUGAUUCGGAGAUUCAAGAGCUGAUCGCAUCUCUUCCACCACUGAUCGACUUUGGGUUAUCUACUCACGAAUUGAUUGCUAUCGGCUACGACUAUAAUUCAACUAAGAUUUUGUUUGGCAACUCCAUUUUCAAUCAAUGGAUGGAAAAUCAUAACGAUCGGUGGACCCAAGCGCUCCCAAGGUUUGACAGCCCGUUCAAGGACCUCUACGCUAAUUAUUCAGUUGAAGUCAGGGUUAACAUGCUAUUCGCUCAAUAUGCGAACGAUUGGUGGCGGGUGUUGAAAUUCCUAAUUUCGCUUUUUGACGAUGACGCUUUGGGGAAUGUGGAAAAAAAUACAGAAUACACAUGGGGAGUGAGAGCAAUUGCAUUGCAAGUCGCCCAGCAGAUUCCGUUUUCCUUUUUCGAUGUUGGCCUCGUGAACAAUUCCAAAGUGCCACAAGAAGAUCUUUAUUUUUUGAGGGACGAUUGGACGAAUCCCGCUCUACGUAAUGAGACUCCCCUGGUGCAGUUUUGGUUGAUGUGCGCUUCCAUAUUUGAUCACCCAUGGACGAUGCUUUUUGACGAAUUUCUCGAGGAGUCCCCAAUCUCUUGCAUUCAAGAAAUAAAAUUGAAGAUAUUUGAUCCUGACUACAAAGAUUCUGAGGAGGAAGAUGAUCCGAUGGGCGACGAGGACACUGGUCUUGUCAAUAAGUUCGGCCAACCCGAUGGGUGGGACUCUGACGAGACAGUUGACGACAACUCAAACGACAGGAGGAAAGAUAUGGAAAUAGACGGCGAACUUGAUUCUGGUGACGAUUGCAUCCACGACGACGACGAUGACAAGGGCGAGGUGGAGGAGGAUGACGAAGAUACUGACGAAUCGACCAAGGAUUCUGUCAUUCUCGUGGAAAGUUCUUACAAGACUACGGAUACUGAAAACGACAAAGACACCAACAACAUGGACCUGAAUACGGAUGAGGCAGUUUCCGAACUGACCGGUGUUACUGGUGAAGACAAGGAUCCUGAAUUGGCAUCCCCGCCGAGGAAGAAGGGACGGUCCCACAGGGUUUCGGUGGUCGCUCCGUCUACAGAAAUGGAUGUGGACGGGAGCUCUUUGAGUGAACCCGGUGCUAAACGUACACAUUCAGCGUCUGCUUCACAAUCAACCACACCAACCGCACAGAAAACGGACACCACUUCCAUGAAGCAAAGCUCUAAGGCCAAACGCAGACUACAACGCAGCUUGACAUUGGAAGAACGCCUAGAUGGGCUGCGACAAGUCAACUUGGACGGAAUGGACGGUCAGGCUAUCCUGGUUGAACUGGGAAUGGCGUACAGCUAUCAAGGUCAACAAGGGGGGAAUACGACCCAUGCCUCUAUUAUCUUGAACCAUAUUCUGGAUACGCUGGCAGACGUCCUAAAGAACGCGGAGGAGACAAUUCCCUUUCUUCCCUUGUCUGACAGCGCUUACAAGAAGUCUACGCAGUGGAUCCGAACGGAAGCGGAUCUUCGGCGGCUGAUUCCCGAUUACCGGAGCUUGUCCAAGUAUCUGGACAUGUCUUUCGGCAACAUGUCAUAUGCCUCGACUUCUAAUAAGCCAGGCGAAAAGAAGCUUCGUACAAGGAUGAGAGUGGGUUUUGAGGUCGAGGUGGCGGCAGGAACGAUUCGCCAAUACCUACACAGCGAAUUGCGUCCGCAAGGGUAUGGAGCGGGAUGCUAUGAAUCGGUUCUACAGUUUGGUGAUAUCGAAAAGAUUGGGGCUUUGUGCUUCUAUCCACAGGAAAUUAACAUCAGGGCUAUGGAGAAAGAACUAAUGCAACACUUUGACUGGAAGACGGUUAUUGGCCUGCGGUACGAAUGGGUAAACAUUCCCUACAACGGCCGCAGCAAGUGGAAUGAACAAUCGCCCGGAUGCAUGAUGUGGCAUGUUUAUGUCAGAUCGAGGGACGCUAAGCGAGCGGAUCGAGAACUACGCUUAUGGCUGCACCCGUCUACCCCUAAGAAAGAUUUUCCAUGGUGCGCGGUCCCACACUACAUUAGCGAUUGGAAGGCUGCUCAGAACGGGACAAUCAGCGUUAAGGCCGUGGGUCCGGUUAAGGAUGAGAAUCUCACUAUGAUCUCGAAGCAUAACGACUUUGUGAAACUGACACAGGCCAAAUAUUGUCCAGUUGAGAUUCCAGGGAUGUUGAAACAGGCAACUACCAAAGCCUUUGGUCCUCGCACUUGUUUGUCUAUGUUUCUUUCCAUCAAAGCCCGACCAGUUCACGCGGAGAAAGUGGCAGCUUCGGAUGUGAACUCGGAUUCCGAUUCUGAUGACUCCUUGCUGGAGGACGUCUCCCACAAGUUCACCAAAGUGACUGUCAAAGGGAAGACGAAGAUCAAGAAGCAACCUCCAAAGUCGGCUGUGGCACCGACUCUGGAGCAUGACGGUCCGGUUCUCACCCCUGCGCAGCAGCGCCGUGCGAAGGAAGCGGAGAGGAAGAGAAAAAUGGACUUGGAGAACAACGUUCCUAGUCCCUUGUUCAUCAUGG